AUGGCAAGAUUUCCUUUAGCAAUAUGUCUAAUGUGUAUAAUAGUAGCAUCAAGUACGGUAUAUGAAGCGCAAGGAGGUUUCUUAUUAAGGCAUUACUUGAGGAAACUUCCUAGAUUGGCCAAUGAGUUUGAACCUUUCGCUUUCAAGAUUAUGCUUACGUUUAUAGACAACCUUGAGAGCUUAUGCUCCUCGAAAGUGGAGUACAAGGAGUUCUUCUCAAAGCUGAAGGCUUUUUUGAUCUUCAUAAACUCAGCAGCAGGGAAGUCUUCAUCGUCAGAAUUUGAGUCUCAGUUGAAAGCACAUUCUGAGGGGCUUUUCAAGGCUAUCACUGCAUUGGGUGUCAAAGCAUCGGCGGAUACAAGCAAGUUGAUUGAAAGUUUGAUGUCGAUGGGAAAAGUUAUGGCUGAGUAUAAGAGGAGCGGUUCACUAACAAUCACAAGUGAACAAAGGAGAGUGCUGAUAACAUCUGUGAUGAAAUGGGCACAAGUGAUUGGUCAGUUUGUGAAAACUGUACGUGAGAAGACUGGUGAAGGUGAUAUUGAUCUCCCAUCUCUUGGCAUUGGAGGUGGAGAUGAUGAUGACGCCGGAAGUGCUGGAGGUGGAAGCUCUGGUAGUGGUUCAUCUUCCAUGGGAGCUGGAAGUGCUGGAGGUGGUAGCUCCGGCGGUGGUGCCUCCUCUUUGGGAGCUGGAAGCGCUGGAGGUGGAAGCUCUAGUGAUACCGGAAGUACAGCUGGUGCCGCUGGUGGAAGCUCUGGUGAUACCGGAAGUACAGCUGGUGCCGCUGGUGGAAGCUCUGGUGAUACCGGAAGUACAGCUGGUGCUGGGGGUGGAAGCUCUGGUGAUACCGGAAGUACAGCUGGUGCCGCGGGUGGAAGCUCUGGUGAUACCGGAAGUACAGCUGGUGCCGCUGGUGGAAGCUCUG